AUGGAGUCUACUGGGUGUUGGUUCAAUAGGUUAAAGUCAAAGGAUAAGCUGAAGUCUGCCAAAAAGAAAGAUAUUGCAGGCAGUGGGAAGGAGGGAUCAAAAGCACUAAACAGUGAAGAAGUACCGUCAAAUGUAACCAGGCAGAAGGUUGCAGCUGCAAAGCAGUAUAUUGAGAACCAUUAUAAGAAGCAAAUGAAGGACCUGCAUGAGAGGAAGGAGCGACGUAAUGUACUGGAGAAGAAGUUAGCUGAUGCUGAGGUCUCUGAGGAAGAACAAAAUAACUUAUUAAAGUAUUUAGAGAAGAAGGAAACUGAAUACAUGCGCCUUCAAAGGCAUAAAAUGGGUGCUGAUGAUUUUGAACCAUUGACAAUGAUAGGCAAGGGUGCAUUUGGGGAGGUUAGAGUCUGUAGAGAAAAGUCAACAGGUCAUGUAUAUGCUAUGAAGAAGCUUAAGAAAUCAGAGAUGCUUCGCAGAGGCCAGGUUGAACAUGUGAAGGCAGAAAGGAAUCUACUUGCUGAGGUUGAUAGCAAUUGCAUUGUCAAACUAUAUUGUUCUUUCCAAGAUGAAGAGUAUCUGUAUCUCAUCAUGGAAUAUCUACCUGGUGGAGAUAUGAUGACUUUACUGAUGCGAAAGGACACACUAACUGAAGAUGAGGCCAUGUUUUAUGUUGGGGAAACUGUCCUGGCUAUCGAGUCUAUCCAUAAACAUAAUUAUAUUCAUAGAGAUAUCAAGCCUGACAACUUGCUACUUGAUAGAAAUGGUCACAUGAAAUUAUCAGAUUUUGGAUUAUGUAAACCAUUAGAUUGCAGUAAUCUCCAAGAAAAGGAUUUUUCUGUGGCAAACAAUCUUAGUGGAGCUCUUCAAAGUGAUGGACGCCCUGCAGCACCAAAACGUACACAACAGGAGCAAUUGCAACAUUGGCAGAGGAACAGGAGGAUGCUUGCUUAUUCUACUGUUGGAACUCCUGACUAUAUUGCCCCAGAGGUCUUGUUGAAGAAAGGAUAUGGAAUGGAAUGUGAUUGGUGGUCCCUUGGUGCUAUUAUGUAUGAAAUGCUUGUGGGAUACCCACCGUUUUACUCGGAUGAGCCCAUGUCAACUUGUAGGAAGAUAGUUAAUUGGAGAAAUCAUUUAAAGUUCCCAGAUGAAGCAAAGUUAUCUCCUGAAGCGAAAGACCUUAUCAGCAAACUCUUAUGUAAUGUUGACCAGAGGCUUGGAACAAAAGGCGCAGAUGAAAUAAAGGCUCACCCAUGGUUUAAAGGUAUUGAAUGGGAGAGAUUAUAUCAAAUGAAAGCUGCAUUUAUUCCUGAGGUCAAUGAUGAGUUGGAUACUCAAAAUUUUGAGAAGUUUGAAGAGGCUGAUGACCAAAUUCAGACUUCUGCAAAAUCUGGUCCAUGGAGAAAGAUGCUUUCAUCUAAAGAUAUUAACUUUGUUGGUUAUACAUACAAGAACUUUGAAAUCAUAAAUGAUCAUCAGUUACCUGGAAUUGCUGAUUUAAAGAAGAAGAGCACAAAAUCUAAGAGGCCCUCGAUCAAGUCGCUUUUUGAAGAUGAGUCAGCCGAGGCUACCAAUCAACCUGUUAAAGGGAGCUUCCUAAGCCUCCUGCCUCCUAAACUAGAUGCUUCGGAGCAAUCACGUAAAUCCAAAUGA